CUCUCUCUCGUGUGUAUGCCUUUCUUGCACACUCGAAGCUGAAUAUAUAUAUAUUUUUUUCUUUCUAAGAUUCUACCCCACCCGCUGCGGGGUUCUCAAGCACUAUCUGGCCUCUCCUCCUUCCUCCAUCUCCCUGUCCCAGCUGUGCUCCCAGCUGGAGUUUUAUUUUCCGGGCUUGCCCGGGCCAAGCGCAACCAGGGCUGGUGGCCCUGCGGGGCUCGCACCCCGCUCUCGGCCGCCGCCGCCCAGCCGCUCCCGGGCGUCCUCCGGAGAUGCUGCCGUGGAAGAAGCACAAGUUCGAGCUGCUGGCCGAGGCGCCGCCGCGGCAGGCGUCCAAGCCUAAGGGCUACGCUGUGAGCCUGCACUACUCCGCGCUCAGCUCCUUGGCGAGGGCCUGCCCGGAAGGGGCGCUCAGCCGGGUGGGCAGCAUGUUCCGCUCCAAGCGCAAGAAGCUGCACAUUACUAGCGAGGACCCCACUUACACCGUGCUCUACCUGGGUAAUGCUACCACCAUCCAGGCGCGCGGCGACGGUUGCACGGACCUAGCGGUGGGCAAGAUCUGGAGUAAGAGUGAGGCAGGCCGUCAAGGCACGAAGAUGAAGCUGACGGUGAGCGCGCAAGGCAUCCGCAUGGUGCACGCGGAGGAGCGAGCGCUGCGGAGACCUGGCCAUCUCUACCUGCUGCACCGCGUCACCUACUGUGUGGCAGACGCUCGGCUGCCCAAAGUCUUCGCCUGGGUGUACCGGCAUGAGCUGAAGCACAAGGCGGUAAUGCUACGUUGCCACGCGGUGCUGGUGUCCAAGCCGGAGAAGGCUCAGGCUAUGGCCCUGCUGCUCUACCAGACGUCAGCCAACGCUCUGGCAGAGUUUAAACGUCUCAAGCGGCGGGACGAUGCGCGUCACCAGCAGCAGGAGCUGGUGGGUGCACACACCAUCCCGCUAGUGCCGCUGCGUAAGCUGCUCUUGCACGGACCUUGCUGUUACAAGCCGCCAGUGGAGCGCAGCCGCAGCGCUCCCAAGCUAGGCUCUAUCACCGAGGACCUGCUCGGGGAACAGCAGGAGGAGGAGCUGCAGGAGGAGGAAGAAGAAGAGGAGCACCUCGAGGGCUGCCUGGAGGAGGACGAGGAAGAGGACCGUGUGGGGGUUGGGGAUCCAGCAGAGGAAGAGGCUGAGGCGCAGAGGGCGCUGGUGGUGGCUAUGCACUUGGAAUGUGGGGACUUGCUGGACCCGCUGGAGAAUGGCCACGAGGAGGCGUUGGGCGACAGCGGGGUCUCGCUGGGCCCCAGCUCUGGGACCUCACCUCCUCUGCCAGGCUGUGACUCCGACAUGAAGGCCCAGCUGUCGCAGCUUAUUAGUGACCUGGGCGACCUUAGCUUUGGCAAUGAUGUGCGCACCCUGGAGUCCGAUUUAAGGGUGACACGGCUGCUGUCGGGCGAGAGCACGGGCAGUGAGAGCUCCAUCGAGGGCGGAGGCCUGGAUGCCACCCCUGCCACCUACGGCAACCCGUCGGGGUCAGGCCCUGCUGACAGCACUAGCCUAGACGACUCCCACUCCGGCUAAGCUCCCAGAAAACUUCUCCGUGCGCCUAGCACCCCACAGUGACUCCCCAGCCAUAGUUCUGUUUCCCCUAACCUCCAGGAAAGCAGGACAGGGAAAAUUGUGCACCUGAGGUCCAGACCUGAGUUUGGAGUUCCCGGGGGCUGCUUCUCUCCCGUUGUGUGCCCCAGCACUUUUGACUCGGAGGUGGUUCAGGUUGUGAGUAGGGAGAUGUGGAAGGAGAGAGCACUAAGAACGAAAGAUAGACGGGCCCUCUGGGGUGGGCGAGGGUGCGGAGGGAAAACUGGCCGAGGUUGGAAAAGGCCAAGGGCGGGCUGGAGGUGCCCAGCAGCCAGUUUCCUGUUUGUGAGGCAGCUGGGGCUUGGGAAGGAGGGGUAACUUCCUCUCCAGACCCCCUGACUGGGAGGCCUCUGUCUGUCAUCAAUAUCUCAUUAACAAAGUCACUCUCAUAAUAACGGAGGCUUAAAUGGCACUAGCCUACCUGCCCCUAGUUCUUUUGGAUUUGAGAGCUUGGGCUGUUUACCUCAGACUCAAAAACUCUUGAAAGUAUGCCAAAUUUCUCAAAUAACUGUACUCGGGGUAGGGGUGGGGGCAGGGUAUGAAAGUUGUGUUUUGUUUACAGUUAAAGACAUCUAAUAUCUAAAAAAAAAAAAAAGAAAAAGAAAUUUUCCUUUAGAAAUAUACGCCUUCCUCCUGUCCCAAAGAGCGUACUCCAUGAUGCUGUGUAAAAUAUUUUUGCACCUUUGUGAAGUAUUUUUGACUUUUUUUUGUACAUAACUGUGUUCUCAGAGCCGAAUGUUUAUAUAUCUUUUGCUGUGCAAAAGACAGCUGUAAAAUGUUGUUCAGUUGUACAUACGGAAAUGUGUAUAAAACAUUUUGUUAUUUUUUGAGCA